AUGGUAAUCCACCAUCUUAUAAGCUCUCCAUUCGAUUACUAUCAAGUUAUCCCGCGGCUUCUCGAUCCUUCCUCUGCACUUGUAAAUACCCUUCUUAUUUUCGCCGCAGCCACGUUCAGCUGUGUGUCUCAAUUGACAUUGUAUCGUUCAAUCUCUUUCUCAUCCUCUUGGCACGCUCACGGAUUGGGGUCUGAUAACAGAGUGUUGUUAGAUCUUGUGGUUCGGCUGUUCAGAGAUCGUGAUAGGGAAAGGGCUCAAGCAAGGGCUGGGGGUAAACCUAAAAAUCCCAAAACAGAUGGAUUAACUCCUGAACAAAGACGAGAAAGGGAUGCAAAGGCACUACAAGAAAAACUGGCAAAAAAAGCUUGUAAAGAUUCAUCAGGAGCUAUUAAUGGGUCAAAUGGCAUUAAAACCAAGAAAUAGAUGUUGAUUAUGUGUGUAAAUGGUACAUAUAUUGUGGGAUGAGAGAUAGACGACAUUAAUGGGUUUAUUUAGAUUGUUGUUUUAUGACAUUUACUGUGCGGAAUGUGUAACGUGUUAAGUAUUGGUGAUCCUUUCAUCUUGUCUGCAAUUACAUAUACUUGGAUCUAGAUUUAUAUUCUUGACAUUUAGGUUAAGUUUCUAUUUUUCGAUUAAGUCGAUGGAACAUGGG